CCGUUAGUAUCCAGCAGCAUCAAAUAUCGAUUUUGAAAAAACUGACCUUGAAUUUUCCGUUUUUUGUUUUUCCCUCUUUCAUUUCAUAGUUCAUAUUUUGUGUUGCAGGCACAUUUCUCACUCACUCUCACUUCAAUCAAAUGAACAUAAUUCUAUUCAAAUACUUGUACUAAUAUUCUCUCUCUCAGAUGAAGGAUUUCUUGGGUUCCGUUCGCCAAUCCUUUGUCUUCAGAACUCCACCGCCAGCCACCGCCACCACCGACGAAGAUGGACUAUUCGCCGGAAUCGUCGACCGGAUCAGCUCCACCAUCCGCAAGUCCCGCGUCGGACUCUUCUCUCAGCCCCGCCUCAAGCAUCCCCGUCUUCCUUCGCCGCCGACACCUCCCAAGUGCUCCGACGACGCCCCUCCUUUCCGGUGGCGGAAGGGCGAAUUGAUCGGCAGCGGCGCCUUCGGUCGAGUGUACAUGGGCAUGAAUCUCGACUCUGGCGAGCUUAUUGCUGUCAAACAGGUUUUGAUUGCGCCUGGUUGCGCUUCAAAGAAGAAUACUCAGGCUAAUAAUAUUCGGGAGCUUGAAGAAGAAGUGAAGCUUCUCAAGAAUCUUAAGCAUCCAAACAUUGUUAGAUACUUGGGAACCGCUAGAGAGGAGGAUUCCUUAAAUAUUCUACUGGAGUUUGUUCCCGGUGGGUCUAUCUCUUCGCUCCUUGGGAAAUUUGGAUCAUUCCCUGAGCCAGUUAUCAAAAUGUAUACAAAACAGCUUCUACUGGGCCUUGAAUACCUUCAUGAUAACGGGAUUAUUCACAGAGAUAUUAAGGGUGCAAACAUUCUAGUUGAUAACAAAGGGUGCAUCAAACUAGCGGACUUCGGUGCAUCCAAAAAAGUUGUUGAACUGGCAACUAUAAAUGGUACGAAGUCAAUAAAGGGUACGCCGCAUUGGAUGUCUCCUGAAGUCAUUUUACAGACAGGACAUACAAUCUCUACUGACAUAUGGAGUGUUGCAUGCACUGUGAUAGAGAUGGCCACAGGGAAACCUCCAUGGAGUCAACAGUAUCCUCAGGAGGCUUCUGCUCUUUACUACAUUGGUUCAACUAAAUCUCAUCCACCCAUACCUGAAUAUCUGUCUGCCGAGGCACAGGACUUUUUGCUGAAAUGCUUCCACAAGGAACCAGAUCUGAGGCCUUCUGCAUCAGACUUGCUACUGCAUCCUUUCAUCUCCUGCAAUUACCGCGAGUCUCAUUCGAUGUUAUGCAGUUCAAUCAGGGACUCUUGCAAUGCAACACAUGAGAAGAAACCUAGAGACUUUUUGGAUUCUGUUCGGGGAUCAACCUGCACAGGCGUGAAGGAUGUCUGUCAACUGGAUAGCAUAAGACUCUCAACUAUGUGUUCUGAAAAUUUUCUAAAUGCAGAUUACUACCAGAGAGCUGACAGCAAUGAUGAUGACAUAUGUCAGAUACAUGAUGAAGAUGAUUUUUUAGUUGACACAUCAGUAAAACCAAAAUCUCUAUCUACUUCUGAAGAUAUAAAGAGUUUCAAUCCAAUGUGUGAACCUGUGGAUGACUGGCCUUGCAAGUUUGAUGAAGAUCUAAAUUUAAAGGAAAGCAGAAUGAACUUGUCUUCAGCUCAAGCUGCUAAUGAAACUAGGACAGGUGCUGAACCAUAUCCUGACGUGAAGGAUAAAUUCUCAUUUUCAUGUGAGCAUUUAGGAGAUGAAGAUGAUGAUGAAGUUACCGAGUCCAAAAUUAAAGCCUUCCUGGAUGAGAAGGCCUUUGAACUGAAGAAACUCCAAACACCUCUUUUUGAAGAAUUCCUUAGUGUUUCAAAUGCAGCCAUUGCACCUAUUGCAAUUGCACCAAGUAAUGAUGUUUCGAAAAUCCCAAAUGCAACAUCACAGGGUAGAUCUCCUAGUCAUGCUAGGAGACGAUUGUCAAUGGCUGGUAGUGCCAGUGUUUCAAGCAGUAAGAGUCAUAACAAAUAUCAACCACAACUUGGUGGUGCACCGAAUCAACCUUUGCAGGAAAUCCAGCCUUCUGAUCUUAACGAAUCAAAGGAGACUCUUCAUGAAGCUCAGCCAGGUUCAUUCAGUGUCAAGGCGAGCUUCUCUGAGAGACAAAGAAAAUGGAAAGAAGAACUUGUUAAAAGAAAAUGGAAAGAAGAUCUUUUUAAAGAGAUGGACUUUAAGCGAGAGAUUUGGCGUAAGGCAGGAUUAGGAGGGAAGAUAACUUCACCGAAGGAUCGCGAGUUUUAUGGAGACUGAAUGUUGUUGUUCUCCAUUAUUGUCUUCUCCAGCAGUCAGGCUAAUAAUUUUUUUUUUUCAUCUGACAUUUUCCAAACGGGAGAAGGAGAAACUGUCUUUCCUUCAGCAUUACAAUUUCCCUCCCUUCAAAUGUUAUGUCAAAUUCCAUGUAACAUUUACGAGAUAUGCAUAUAAUGUAAAUUUAAUCUGCUUAUUCACAUG